AUGGGAAUUUUUAGAAGUUUAGCCAAAAUCACAGUAGGAACAUGUAGUAUUUUCACAUUUUUCGAUGUUGUUGGUUAUCCAGCACAAGUUUUAGGUGAGUCAAAUCGACAAAAAAUUUUCUUUACAUAAAAAAAAACAUUGUUAGGCUUAUCAAUGUAUCCAACAUUACAAGGAGAAGAUUCGAGAUGGUGGAAAAGAGAUUUUGUUUGGUUGUCAACUUGGAAUUUGCAUAAUUGUAGUAAAGGAACUAUUUUGACUUUUACGUAAGUUUUUCAUUUAGAAUUGCACAAAAAUUUGAAAAAAACUUGGAAAUUGUCCGAAAUUGAAUCGUAAAAUUUCCAGAAAAACUUAUUUCCGAUUUCAAAAAUUAAUUUUUUUUGCAGUUGUCCCCGUGAUCCAACAUCAGUUCAUAUUAAAAGAAUAAGCGCAACCGAAGGACAAAUGGUUCGACCAGAAAAUCGCAAUAUUUUACAAGAAAUUCCAAAAGGUCAUUAUUGGAUGGAAGCUGAUAAUCCACAAAAUCGAAAUGAUAGCAAUAUUUAUGGACCAGUUGCAAGUGGAUUAAUAAAAGGACGUGCAACUCAUAUUAUCUGGCCACCAAAUCGUUGGCAAUCACUUUAG